GAAGAGAAAAGCAGACUUCACUCGAGUAUGUUGAGAUGGUCUGCACAUGAAACUUCACCAUACAUUGAGGAGCUUUACAUAGGCUACAUUGUUUUAAUAAGUUGCACGAGAAAUCAUCAGCAUUUGCGCGCUUCAAUAGAUCAGAUUGGCUUAGAUAAUCAACAUUCGCCUACUGUUCCUGGAAGAACUUAUUCACACUGGUCUUUCAUCCGAGCCUGCAAGGAACGCACAUAUUUUAUAUGAAAGGAGAUUUUGCAUUGGAAAUCUCAUGCGUAAUGGUGAUCUCCAGAGGACACUGAUUAUCCAAGAACUGUGUGUGAAUACGUUUUCAUUUUAAACCAAAAAAAUGCAGGUCAUUCUGUUUGUCUCGGUCGUUUUUCUUUCCAUCAAAGAUGCUUUGGCGGAAACUAAACACAAGUGUCCGGAGCGCUGUGAUGUAAGUAAGUGUCCGAGCCCGAGCUGCCCGAGCGGGUAUGUGCCGGACCGCUGUAACUGCUGUCUGGUGUGCGCGCACGGAGAGGGCGAGCCGUGCGGCCGCAAGGACGAUCUUCCCUGCGGGGACGGCCUGGAAUGCAAGCACCCGUCUGGAAGAAGACUGCCCAAAGGCGUGUGUCAGUGCAGGUACAGCAGUAAAGUGUGCGGCAGUGACGGGAACACGUACGGUAACAUCUGCCAGCUGAAGGCCGUGAGCAGGAAAGCGCUGCAGCAGGGUCUGCCCGCGGUCACCAACAUGCACAAGGGACCCUGUGAAAGCAAUCAAGGUCCCACACACCCCAGCAGCCCAAGGUACAAAUUUAACUUCAUUGCUGACGUGGUGGAGAAGAUCGCCCCUGCUGUGGUGCACAUUGAGCUGUUCCUAAACCACCCCCUCUUUGGCCGGACGGUCCCGCUAUCAAGUGGUUCAGGUUUUUUAAUGUCAGAGACCGGGCUGAUCGUGACUAAUGCCCAUGUGGUGUCCAGCACCACACCUGUUUCGGGUCAUCAGCGACUCAAAGUACAGAUGCGUGAAGGGGAUGUGUAUGAGGCCACUAUCAAAGACAUUGACAAGAAAUCUGACAUUGCCACUAUCAAAAUCAACUCGCAGAAAAAGUUGCCCGUUUUAUUGCUGGGUCACUCGGCAGACCUGCGCCCGGGUGAGUUUGUGGUUGCUAUCGGCAGCCCGUUUUCCCUGCAGAACACAGUGACGACAGGAAUAGUCAGCACUGCACAGAGAGAUGGGAAAGAACUGGGUCUUCGUGAUUCAGACAUGGACUACAUCCAGACUGACGCCAUCAUCAAUUAUGGGAACUCAGGUGGACCACUCGUUAAUUUGGACGGAGAGGUAAUAGGAAUCAACACCCUGAAAGUAGCUGCAGGAAUCUCCUUUGCCAUUCCUUCAGACAGGAUUACUCGCUUCUUAAAUGAUUCAUUGGGAAAGCAAAACAAAGAGACAAGAGCAGUUAAGACGCGUUUCAUUGGAAUCCGAAUGUUCACCAUCACAGAAGCACUCGUCGAAGAGCUGAGGCAGCAGAAUCCCGACUUCCCUGAUGUCGGCAGCGGGAUCUAUGUCCAUGAGGUGGUUCCUCACUCCCCUGCUCAGAAAGGGGGCAUCAGAGAUGGUGACAUCAUCGUUAAGUUAAAUGGAGAGCCUCUGAUGAGCUCCAGCGACCUGAAGGAAGCGCUCAACCAAGACACGACUCUGCUGCUGGAGGUGCGCAGAGGCAACGACGACCUGCUCUUCAACAUAGAGCCUGACAUCAUCAUGCAGUGAUACCAUCAAACUUUCACUGAAGAUGUUGAUUUUAUCAUGGCAAAAGGGAUGUCUUAGAGUACAUCCUGCUACAAAACAGGGACCUCUUUUACAAGCUGAGAGGAAUCUAACCUUGAGCUUUUGCAGUCUCGGUUAUGUCAAGUCUGCCAAAGGGAUUUUAUAUAAAAGGCAUUUUAUAACAGCACAAUCUCUUCGAAGCAGGUCUGAAGCAGAUAAUGAUUUAUUUCAUUGCAAAUAUGAAAAUUAUCAGUACUGUAUUUUGUAGAAAAAGACAAAAGCUGGUGAUAUUUUAUACUCAGUCCACAAUGAGUUUACAAUGAAAUGUAAAUGGUAAAACCUUAUAUAUAUUUUACAAAUACACAGAACCACCUCAUAAAUAACAACAAUAAUAAUACUGAGGAACACACACAUAUAUAUACUGUAUGUAUGUAUGUAUGUAUGUACUGUAUAUGGAUUCUCUUCUUUAUAAAUCUCUCAACAUUCAUUGCUGAAACUUAAUUGUGGCACCAGUGGCAAGAAUCAAUUGCUGUGCAAGGAUUUUAUAUAUAUAUACAUAUAUAUACAUAUAUACAUAUAUAUUUUAUAAUGUGUGCAGAAUGACUGUCAUGAAGAAUUAAAUUUUUAUGGUCAUCUUGUUCAAUGAAAUGUGUGCUUUUUAUGUGCAGAAAUCAGAGUGAGACAUCUUCUGUUCAUGUAAUCUGUUUAUCAGUCUGUAUAUGCUCAAGUUCCUGUUUUUCUAAAAUGUCUACAGCACAACAUAUGUCCUGAUUAACAUGUUUUCAAAUAUGCUCAUAUAUUUUUUUGGUUCUCUUCAGCCGGAUCUAUGAAUGUUGAACCUAUGAAAUAAAACCUUCUCAGAAAAGAA